GAAUGAAAAUUCUAAGUCGAAUGAUAUACUGUUAGAUGAUCUCAACCGCAAAGAUCAGACGAGCAUUGCAUGGUCCUAGGAAACACACCACCAGAAGGUUCAGUCUCAGGCUAUAGGAAAGGUAUACAAAGGAAUCUUUUUAUUUAAUUUUUUCUGUACUUUUUGGAGUUGAAAUUUCAUAUCAUAUUCGUUUUCACGCCUGCUCUGGAUGUUUUAUUAAAGCUGAACUUUGAAGACUUACAAUCCUUGUAUCUCUAAUAAAGUUGAUCAUAUCAGCCAUUUCAUCGUAGUCUUCACUGAUACAAUUAUUUUGCGUUAUCGAAGUUGCAGAUUUUCUCAUCGGAUUGAAUAUUGGUCUUGUCUUUUCCAGUGAACACUUGCUUUCUUAUCUCUUUCUUUAUUUUGAAUAUGCCUACGAGUAGUUAUAGCAGUAAUGCAAAUAAGUUUGAGCUAAUCCAUUGUAAAGAAUUGGCCUGGAAUCUUUCACGAUCUCAUUUAACGACUCAGUACAAGUCAUUUUACAUGUGCUUUGACGAUGGAUCAUUUGGGUAUAUUCAAUUUGCGUACGGAAAUCUUGGUCUGUUCGUAAAGGUUGCUCCCUUAGGAUGGACUUACUAUCCUUCAAAAAAUGAAACGGUCCAGGUGCCCAUAGUUGCUAGCUCUACUUAUCUAUAUAGGAAUAUGAAGGUUUCUAAGGAUCGCUAUAGCGUUGAUGUUCAAAAACACUCUAUGCAUUUUGAUGUGAAAAUGCGAGCGUGGCAUGUGAUGAUUGAAGGAAUGUAUGAUCUUACAAUACAUAUGGAAGAUACGGGGUUUUCUUUAAUGGAUUUUGGCCAAAACGAUAUAAAGGGCUACAUGGAGCACAAAACAUUUCCAGUAAAUACCCUGGAAGGAACGGUUACUGCACAUGGAAGUACAAAAAAGGUUACCGGCACCGCCGUAUUCAUUGAUGCAAUGUUCUUUAAAGAAAAGUUUACUAAUCUGGGACAUACGUGGCAAAAUAGUUUGUUGUUUGACGCGUCCAGAAAGAAUGUUUUAACCUGUUUACAUUAUUUUCCUCGUGAUUCAGCUGAAACUUUUCGAUCUCAAGCUAGUUUGACUUUAGAUGGGAAGCUGGUGGCCGUUCUUUUAAAUAACGAAUAUACCACAGAAGGUGUUUUACAGGUGGAUGGAAUACGAUACCAGUUACCUACCCAUAUUCAUCGCAUUCUCUCAGGUUUUACGUUCGAUGGGAAACCAGUCAGCGUGCACUUGGCAGCAGAUCUAGAAAAAAUUGAAAGCAUUACCGAUGUUUUAAACAUUUUUCCAAAAUGGGCAAAAGACAUUGUAUCUAUUUGGGCUGGUCUUCCUUACGUCUUCGUGUGGUUGCAACAUUUAGUAGCUGAGGUUUACAUAGACGACCAGUUCGUUUCUACUUUAUCUGGGUGCCAUUAUCUGGAGCAGACUUGUGUCCAUAUGCCCUAUUCUUAAAGAGAAAAAAAAAAGGGAGAAGUUUUUCCCACCGAUACUGCGUCACGGUUUUUUCCGGUUCCUAUUUUUGCAAAACCAUUCCUCCUAAAGAUUUACACAAGAUUCAUUUGUUUCAUUUUCUCUUUUUCAUACACGGGGAUAUCUCAUUUGACUUCAUCUAAUAAAUAAAUUUUUUGGUCUUUCUUCUUACAUAUCAUAUUCAUGAUUUGUUGGGUUGCUUUCACCUUAUCCCUUCCUUUUAGAUCAUUUUAUACCCAGCAAUUUCAGGUUUUUGGUUGGAUUUUCUUGCAUGUUUCCUUGAUAAAUAAUUUGUGGUUUUCCUAUAUUUGGUUUUGUCUUUUACGUUUUUCGUCCGCUUAUUCAAUAAGGAUUUAUGAUUGUUCAGGUUCAUUAGACUAGCACCUUUUAGACCCAAUUAUUAUUAAUAAAUUUUUAUUUAUCAAACUCACAAAAUGAAUCUUUCAACUCUCUCUUCCUGCAUUUAUUUUCAUUUCCCAUUCACAUAUAGUGCA